UUCACCUCCCUUGCUCCUUUCAGCUACAGCCUAACUGGAAUAUCGUGACGCAUCAUUGGCUGAAUGCCUCUCCAUCCACAAGCCAUCAAAUCCUCCAUUGCCCCCCAUGGACCUUCCUUGCCCCCCACAUUUAGUCGAAACCCUUCCCUAAUUUUCCCUUUCACCCGCCCUCACUCCGUUUCGGCCCGCAACGGCGUCCAAAUCCCUUUGCUCAAACUCCUCUCUGCCUCAAUCGCCUCUGUUGCCUACGCUGCGGAAAAUGAUUGGAAGCUGAGGAGCUCCGGAAUCAAAGAUAUCGAUGUUGCUACUCUUGGGAACCUUUGUGUUGACAUUGUGCUCAAUGUCCCUCAGUUGCCGCCUCCCUCAAUCGAGGAACGCAAGGCAUUUAUGAAACAGUUAUCGGCUUCCGCACCAGACAAGAAAUAUUGGGAAGCUGGCGGAAACUGCAAUAUGGCUAUAGCAGCAUCAAGACUGGGACUAAACUGCAUUUCGAUUGGUCAUCUGGGUAAUGAGGUAUACGGGAAGUUUCUGCUUGGUGUGCUUAAUGAUGAGGGCAUUAGGAUGGUAGAAAUGAGUGAUAAUGCUGAUGUUGCCAACAACUCUAGUGCCUCAUAUGAAACACUUUUGUGCUGGGUUCUUGUUGAUCCUUUACAAAGACAUGGUUUUUGUAGUCGAGCUGAUUUUAGCAAGGAGCCUGCAUUUCACUGGAUGGACAAACUGUCCACAGAAGUAAAAGUGGCUAUUAAAAAGUCAAAGGUCUUAUUUUGUAAUGGAUAUGGCUUCGACGAGCUCUCUCCUUGUUUACUACUCUCAGCAGUGGAAUAUGCUGUUGAAGCUGGCACAGCAGUCUUCUUUGAUCCUGGGCCACGUGGAAAGAGUCUUUCAACUGGGACACCAGAAGAACAAAGAGCCCUUUACCAGUUUCUGAGGAUGAGUGAUGUCCUUCUCCUAACUUGUGAUGAGGCAGAGUCAUUAACUGGCAUAGGGAAUCCAAUAUUAGCAGGGCAAGAGUUGCUUAAAAGAGGGAUCCGCACAAAAUGGGUGAUUGUGAAAAUUGGUCCCAGAGGGUCAAUCCUAAUAUCCAAGUCGAGUGUAGCUUGUGCACCUGCAUUUAAGGCCAAUGUUAUUGACACCGUUGGGUGCGGAGACAGUUUUGUAGCUCCCAUUGCUUAUGGUUUUAUAAAUAGGAUGCCGAUGGUUAAUACGUUAGCAAUAGCAAAUGCUGUAGGGGCUGCUACUGCUAUGGGUUGUGGUGCUGGUAGGAAUGUAGCUACACUGGAAAAAGUUACGGAUAUAUUGCGAUCAUCAAACCAUAACGUAGACGAUGAAUUUUGGACUGACCUACUUGGAAAUAACGUGGAUGCUCAGGAAAUAGUAUUUCUGUCAAAUGAUGUAGUAAUCGGAAAUGGAAACCAGCUCAAACAUGUCUCCUUCAAUAAGGUUGCCUCUGAAUUGUUGCUUAGGUUCAAAUUUCCCCAGCUAGAACAGAAAGUGCUGUCAUGACAGAUUUUGGACAAAAUCCACUAAAAUUAAAAGUGAUUCAAUUGCCACCCUGAUUAUCUGAGGGCCUUUGCUUCUACUUCCUUUUAGUAAAAGCCUUGCGCUGAGUAAUUAUUGCAGAAGAGUUCAUCCUCCGUCUUAAUUGCGUUGGAAUAGUUGUUGAAAAGGCGUUGCAUUGAGGAAAAGUUCAUGAAAUCCCGCGAUUAGCUGCUCGUCAACUAUUUUAACUGAUUGCUGCAAUUGAAAUCGGAGCAGUAUAAUAUUAUUGCUGUGAUAUCUAAUGCCCUCAUGUUUUGGGCCGAAAUUCUAAUGCCUCUGACAGAAUCUAAUUUUUCAGCAGUGCAGAUGAUCCAACUUAGAUGUGGAUUCUUCCCACCUGUUGCUACUGCAUGUAGUAUGAUCAAUGCAGUGAAAAAUUAUUGGCAGCGCAAAGAAAAUUUUUUUCUUUUAUUUAUGACUUUGAAUAGGGAUUAGGAAUCGUUUGUUCUGCUGGAGAGUGUAUUGUCUUUGAUUUCAUAGUCGUGAGACUUGAUCGAGACUGAAUUCAAUUUUUUCAAUAAUUCUUUUGUCUAGAA